CUUACCAGUGUUUUUCUAAGAAAACUUUUCCUAAACUGCACAAAGUUGUUUUUCUGUCUGCAGGGCCGAUUAACUUUCAAGAACGGGCGUGUGUACGAAGGCACAUUCUCCAAUGACCACAUAGCCGGGUUUCCAGAUCUUGAAGUUGAAUUCAUCAGCUGCCUGGACCUGUCUUCAGGAGUUGCCCAAAGAUUGUCCAGGAGUGCCGAACUGAUCAGAAAGCUUGAUGGCAGUGAAAGUCAUUCUGUGUUGGGGUCGAGCAUCGAGCUGGAUCUAAAUUUGCUCCUGGACAUGUACCCUGAGGCAGCCCGACCUGAAGAAAAGAAGCAGGUAGAAUAUGCUGUGUUAAGAAACAUUACAGAAUUAAGAAGAAUCUACAGCUUUUAUAGCAGCCUGGGAUGUGACCACUCUCUGGAUAAUACCUUUCUGAUGACAAAGCUUCACUUCUGGAGAUUUCUAAAAGAUUGCAAAUUUCAUCACCACAGACUAACUCUUGCUGAUAUGGACAGGAUAUUAAGUG